UGCCGGGGAUGGACACAUAGGAUAACAUGCUGGGGAUGGACACACAUAGGAUAACAUGCCGGGGAUGGACACAUAGGAUAACAUGCCGGGGAUGGACACAUAGGAUAAGAUGCUGGGGAUGGACACAUAGGAUAACAUGCCGGGGAUGGACACAUAGGAUAACAUGCUGGGGAUGGACACAUAGGAUAAGAUGCUGGGGAUGGACACAUAGGAUAACAUGCCGGGGAUGGACACAUAGGAUAACAUGCCGGGGAUGGACACAUAGGAUAAGAUGCUGGGGAUGGACACAUAGGAUAACA